UUGAUAGAGUAAAUAUAAUGCCUUACUCAUUUCUUUACUUUGUACAUGCUUGAUCAAUUCCAAUCGUCAUAUUUCUAUUCAAGCUUCAAUCCAUUGUACAAAUUCUAAUUCUAAUUUCCGAAUAUUGGGGUUUUUGGAGCGUAGAAUUCAACGUAAAGGUGACAUCGUACGUGCGCACGUUGUUUAUUCUCUACUUAUUUUUCUUAUCCUCGUGUUUGCACUCGAAUCUUUAUCAAGAACACUGCUACUCAUAUGAAAAACAAAAGUUUGCGGUUAUAAGGUGAUAACAAGGCCACGGCUAUUAAAAGUUAAUCUUACGACGAUUAUUGAAGCGGAAAUUUUAGAACUAACUUGGCUCGUUCCGAAAGGUUUGGAUUGAGAAUCCUGGACAAGUUCGUCACUCAUUCACCGGAAUAGACAACUUAUACUGGUGUUACAUUAUAGCUAAGAUCUUUCUCUCCUCGAACGAUUCAAGAUGGAGGACGGUAUCGACGAAGUUAAGGGAAACUCGAACGCAGCUCAAGAUUGUGACAUGAACGAAAUGAAUUAUGCCAGAAUCGGGGGAAAAACUUCGGAUAAAGAAACCCUUCAGGAAAGCGCCGGCGAAUUCACCUGUGGGCUUAUUUCAUGGAGGCCGACAUUCUUUCAAAAGUUCGCUAAACCGAGCUGGUUUUUAGUAUUCCAGUGUUGGUUAGUUCUGUCUCAAGGAAUGAUCGUAUCUGGUCUCACGGGGGUAGUGAUUUCAUCUUUGGAGAAACGGUUUUAUCUAAAGACGAGUCAAGUUGGAGCCAUCACCAGUUGUUACGAUAUUGCAGCUGCAUUGAUGGCUAUUAUCGUGAGCUAUUAUGGUCAUCAUCACAAGCCGAAAUGGCUUGGUGGAGGAGCAGUAAUAUUGAGUAUAGGGUGCUUUUUAUUUGCACUUCCUCAUAUCUUAGUAGGUGAUUACGUUCCUGGUUCAAAUGGUGAUAAUGUGUGUCAACUCAACACAACUACAUCAACUACCAUGGCAGACAGCAUAAUAUGCCGGAGUUCACUUUGGUACAUCAUUUUGACAUUUAUCAUUGCCGAGUUCUUCAUAGGUGUUGGUGCGACACCGGUAUAUGUCCUAGGACCAGCAUACAUUGAUGAGAAUGUUCGACACACAACAUCUGGUCUGUUUUUGGGUAUAAUGUAUGCCGUCGCCACUAUUGGUCCUGCUAUUGGAUACCUACUUGGGGGGAAGUUCUUGGAGAUAUUUGUGGAUYUAAAGCAGCCACCAGGAGUAAACUUAAAGCAAACAGACUUCAACUUUAUUGGUGCGUGGUGGCUUGGAUAUGUCUUUGGAGGUUCACUUUCAUUGAUGUGCAGCCUUCCACUUCUAAUGUUCCCAAGAGAGCUCCCAGGAACAGCUAUUAUCCGUGCAGAAAAGAGAGCUUUAAGUGAUACUGUUGAAGACCCAAACAAACCACACACACUGAAAGAGUUACUACCAUCCUUAAAAAGCCUCUUACUCAACCCAACUUUUGUGUUCCUAGCUCUGGCUGCAGCUUUUGAAGGGUUGGCAGUCACAGGAUUUUCAACAUAUUCACCUAAAUUUGUCGAGGCACAGUUUAGGAUGUCAUCUUCUGAUGCUAGUUUUUAUACAGGGCUAGUGACAGUUCCCGGAGGUAGCAUAGGGAUGUUCGCUGGUGGCUUUUUGAUCAAGAAGAUGAAGUGGAACUGUGCUCAGAUUCUCAAGGCUUGCUCGAUUAUUGCUACCAUUGCUUUCAUUUGUGUUUUUGUAAUAUUAUUUGGAUGUCCAAACAGAGAUUUUGCAGGAGUAAYUACACCAUAUUUUAACAGCUCAUCACUAGGGACAAUGGCAGCAUCAUGUAAUGCUCACUGUGGAUGUAGUAUAACACAUUAUAAACCACUAUGUACUACUAAUGACCAAAUCACUUACUAUUCGCCAUGCUUUGCAGGAUGUACUAGUGAAAACAGGGUUGAUGGAAAUAUUUAUAGAAACUGCAGCUGUUUUGCAGACCAAACAAGUCAAGCCAUAGAGGGCAGCGGUUGUAAACCAGAGUGUAACUCCUUUAAUCCAUACAUGAUAGGAUUGUUUGUUCUGAUGGUUAUGACAUUCCUCAAUAAUAUUCCUGCCACAACGGCAACUCUAAGGUGUAUUCCAGAGAGUCAAGGAUCUUUUGGUCUUGGUAUCAACCAAUUGAUUGUCAGGAUACUUGCAUUCAUUCCUGGACCAACCCUUUUCGGUGCAGUUAUCGACACAACAUGUCGUAUUUCACAGAAAGAUUCCUGUGAUGAAGGUGCUGACAGAAAUUGCUUGGAAUAUGAUACUGAUAAAUUCAGGUAUGUUAUGUUUGGUUUGGGCAGUCUUUUUAAGCUACUUUCAGCCAUAUCGUUUAUUCUUGCAUGGAAAUUCUACAAGCUUCCACACCCYGAAACAGCACCCAAAGAUGAAGGUGGCUUACCUCUUGAUCAGGUGCUAGAAAACUCCAUGGCAACAGAAAUGGAAAUAGCUAUGAGUGAUCAUGAAGACAAUACCAAACUAGCACCACCAUCUCAGGUUAUUAAUGUCAAUGCAGUAAACGGAGUUGUUAAGAGAGAAGAUGAGAAUGAAGAGGUCACUAUUCUGUAACCUUAUGGUAUUAUAAUUUAUAAAUAUGAAGUCUUUCUCAAUUCCUUGCUACGAAAARUGAUAUUGCAUGCAGAUAAUAUUCAUACUUCCUACACAAAGAGUUAUUGCAUUUUCCAAGGGGUGGGGAGGGCUUGAGGAGGGUGUAUUGURUAGUACCAGAAAAUAUCUAUACCUUCCUCUUGAUCAGAAGUUGCAUUUUUCAAGGGGUGGGGAGGGCUUGAGGAGGGUGUAUUGUGUAGUACCAGAAAAUAUCUAUACCUUCCUCUUGAUCAGGGGUUGCAUUUCCCAAGGCUAGGGGGUGGGGAGUGUUUGAGGAGGGUAUAGUGCACAGUACCAGAAAAUAUCCAUACCUACUUCAUAAUUAGGGGUUGCAUUUUCCUAGGGGUAGGGAGGGUCUGAGGAGUUUAAAAUAAUAUCCAUACGUCCUGCCCCACGGAGGAAAAUUAGCAUUUUAAAGGGGUAGGUAGGGUCUGAGGAGGGUAUAUUGUGUAGUUUUCAAUAUAUCCAUAACCUUCCCACAUGGAGGGACUACAAUUUUUAAGGGGUGGGGAGGGUUUCGAGGGUUUACUGUGGGGUUUCAGAAAAUAGCCAUAUAUCUUCAAAGGGGGAUACUUUUUCAAGCCAGGGAUAUAUAUUGGGGGGAGGGGGUGGGGGUCUGAGCUUAGGAGGGUAUUAUGAUGUAGGAACAUGAGUGACCUAUUAGCCCAAGUCCCAAGUCCCCAGUUAGUGCCAUCUUAAUUGUCAAAGUCUAUUGUACAUUUUUCCUUAGUUAGCUAUAGUCAAGAGGGGGAGGGUGUACUCAAAUUUUUGCAAAACUUUUUCCACCUUUUUAUGGUUGUAAAUAUUCAUGUCAAUAUUAUCCCCUCAGAAAAGGCCAAUAAUUGAUUAAUAAUGGAUAAAAAAUGGUUGAUAGAUCCAUAUACCUAAAAAAAUUAUUCAGAACAAAUAAUUUAUAAAUAAUCAUAUAAACUGUACUUAUCAGACAUUUUGGAAAUAUAAUAAUAAUCCUCAUUAUUGAUUAAGGCACCUGUUAUUUAAUAAUGACUUCAUUUGGGGUCAACAUUUUGAAACAUUUYGAGGAAGCCCCUCAUUCUACUCUGUUGCUGUUUUCUGCGUGAAGCAUGAAAGCACCAAAUUUAUCUGUGUGAUUUGUGAUCAUAUACCCAAAUAAGUCGUGUGAUAGCGAUGCUAGACAUCUACUUCAUUUAAGAAUACAUGAAAUGGCACUAUUCUGUAAUAAAGUUUAAGGUUAGAUUUUUUGUGGGUUUGGGUUGGGUUUGAAUUUCAGGACGUUAUAAUCAAUAAUAAAUACUUAACAAUCAAUAGUGCAAUUUCAUGUAGUCAGUACUAACCUGUGUGAUAUGAUUCAUUAGGCCAAAACAUUUCCGUGGUCAUCCCAAAAUUCAGUGUGAUGGAAAAACUCUUUGCCAUGCCUUCAUGAAUAACUCAGGGAUUGUUUCGUUCUUUCUGCAAGGUUUCAAAAUGUUGUGCCCCCAAUACUUGCAUAAUUAUUUUAAAAAGUACAGUCAUCCUUGGGAAACCAGGGAAAAAUUCUUUCACUYAUUUCGAAUUUUUCCUGUGUUCCCAAAGGAUGAAGAUACACUGUGCWUGUAGCCCAUAAUUAUACAAUYAUACAAUUUGUACAAGUUCAUGUGYGACUGAAAAAUGCRACAAUUCUGAASCAAUAGYACUUGGGAAGCUAUGUGAUAGCUAGUGCCAACUCUUAAAGCUAAUGAUUUUGAUCAAAUAUAUAAUACAAGUUGUUCAAAAGUGUAGCAGUCUAAAAGUAGGAGAAUAUAUAUAACGAUAUGAAUAGUAAUUCAUUAUGCAUGUAUUUCUUAUCUCCGUUGUAAGUAAUAAUUGAAGGAUUUUAAAUUCAUACCAAUAGGGCAAUUUUUAUUGAAAUGUAAAAUUUGUAUUUGAAUAAAUCUCAGAGCAACUUAAAGAUAAAAAAUGACCUCCGAGGUGAUCAAAGUUGGGGCAUGGCUAAUUCACGGAUCGAAUUUAAAUUUAGCAUUUUUGGUUUGAGGAGGGAAUGAAAAUGGGAGGAUUCAAGGGAGACCCAAACUAACUUUCUCACAUGAUGCCGAGUCCAGGAAUCAAACUGAGUGAUGAAUACUAUACAGCUACGUCACCCUUGAUUCACCUCUAAAAGAAUUAUUGACUAAUAUAACUGUGGCUACUUAGACAGUGGGAACCAAUCAAAUUGUAUAAUAAAAGCAAUACAUUCUAACUUUGGGAACUGAAGCCAAUCAGAAAGCAGCAUAAACCGAUAGCCUCUCAACGUAUCUUUUUAUUCCCACAAGAAAAUGACAAUAGCUAUCUUUACACGUAACAUCAGGGUCAUAUUGCUAUUCUUGUGCAGUUUAGUUUUCUGAUUGGCUUGACUACCCAAAGUUGGAAUGCAUUGUUUGCAUUCUACAUUUUAAUUGGUUCUCUUACCUAACUGGUCUAAGUGGCCCCGGUUACAACAGUUGCACUAUAACCCCGGUAUAAUUAGAUAAACAUGUAGAUAACCCAAAACAACUUGUGUAUUGAGAUUACAUUCUUUAUUGCAAACACAAGGAGAUACAAGUUAAGAGAAGUUUAGAAGUUAGGAUUA